AUGCCGCCGGACACAUCGAAAGGCAAGUUGAAGCGCAAGUCGAGUCGCAGAGAGGGAGAGGAGUUGCGUUUCGAUGGCGGCCAUGCCCGCGAAAUCGAACAGAAAAGGAAUAACGGGCAGAUCUCUUGCGCCGAGUGUAGGAGGCUCAAGAUAAAGUGUGACAAGCAGAUUCCCUGCCAGUCAUGUCAGGCAAGUACUCCGCGUCACACAGCACGAGGUUGUGCUGCAUUGUGUCCUAAUGGCAGCUUGGCUACUGGACAGGGGACUCGGUUUGUUCUGGCUGCCACUGAGCAUCUUCAUCGUCAGAUAGCCAGUAUGAGUGGCCGUAUCCGCCAAUUAGAAGAUGCUCUUGGACACCUCCAGUCACGGCAUUCGGCAGAACCCCAUCCCCUCCUUCGUGACGACCUUUGUGGUGCGGAUCAAAAAGAUGAAAUUAGCUCCAUUGCUCAGCUUGGAGAUAACGCUGCGGGGCCGUCGAAUCCUCCAGAGAUUCUAGAUGCAUUUGGAACACUUUCCAUCGCCGAUCACGGCAUAUCACGCUUUUUCGGCCCCACAGGCGGACCUGAAGUGAGUGUUCUAUCCUUCUCACUCGGUGAAAUACAUGUAUUCAUUCCACCUGAUAGUGCUUAUGCCUCUAGUCCUGAAUCUGGAAGGGAUUCAAUGAGCCCUGGAUUACCGCAAGAAUUUAGGAUGUUUACGCAGGCCUUCCCUUUCACCCCCAUAGGCCCAAUAACAGCUAUUCAGGAUCUGAUAGAAAGUCAUCUACCACCCUUGGAACGGGCCAACUUCCUCACGCAGACUUAUUUCGAGCAAGCUAGCUGGCUAUUCCGCAGCGUGUCUCAAGAACAAGUGAUGGGAGAGUUACUCCCAAUGUAUUACUCAAAUAGUACUGCGACGCCACCGGACGAAUCCAGAGGAGUUCAUGAACUUGGACUUCUUUUACUCAUCUUUGCUAUCGGAGCCCUCGUGGACCUUACGCAGGAUGCCUCCAACCCUGAGGCUGAGCACUACCAUCAACUUGCCCGCGCUAGCAUCUGCCUGCAGCCGGUCAUGGAGAAACCCACCUUGGUUACUGUUCAGGCACUUCAUCUGUUGAGUGCUUACAACGCUAUGAGCGGCAAUGAACUUGCUGCCAAAGACACCAGCAUGGAGACGACAUGGUCGUUGGUUAUCCUUGCAGCGCAUCUCUCCCAAUCCGUGCGUAAUCGGGAUAGUGCCAAGUGGGGUCUUCCUGCCAAAGUUGUGCAAAGGCGGCGCCUUCUCUUUUGGGAUCUCUUUGUCGCUGAUGCCUGGAGUAGCUUACACACCGGUCGCCCGCCGACUUUUUCCUUACCUUACGCGGAUUGCCGUUUCCCUGAGCCUCCAGCUUCCGCCGAAAACGACGGGGAAUCUGGUCGUCACGCAGAAUCAUGGUGUGUCAGGUAUGCGGCUGACUGCGUCGCGGAAGUCGCCACGCGUACGUUGACGGCUGAAGCGCCGACUUAUGCUGUAAUAAUGGAAAUCGAUCGCAAAGUUCGCGAUUAUCCGUUCCCAGAUGUUGCCGCUUUGGCAUCUGGUACCUCGCCGCCCCCAAUUACUGAGGAGCCAGUGAGUCUUGCAAAAUCAAUGGGCCGUCUUGUAAUGUCUCACUCUAAAGAAACCUUGCUACUCUACAUUCAUCGCAGUUUCUUCGCGCAGGCUAUCAUUGAGAACCCUGUGAAUCCGUUAAAGAGUGCAUAUGCCCCAUCAUUCCUAGCUGCUUACCGGGCGUCUCAGACGAUACUGCGAACCAUCCAACAAGCGUUCCAAGAAUGCCCUAGUCUCUGUUCUCGCUUUUGGACUAUCUGGACUUUCGCAUUUUCUGCAGCCAUCGUCUUUGGGACAAUUGUCACUCGAGGGCCACAAUCUCCACUGGCGUCUAAUGCUAUGAAGGAACUGGACGAUGCGUGCCUUCUUUUUUCAAGAGCAGCUACACAUAGCAGACGUGCUGCUAAGGCUCUGCCAAUCAUCACCAAACUGAGGGAGAAGGCGCAUGUAUCCCUCGUUGCUGCUCAGAAUGAACUGCCAUCACAACGGCUCGGUCAGCAAUGGAGCGUAAAGGUGGAGCAAGAUGACGAUGAACUCGAUAUUUUUGCUGGAAGAACUAGAUUUCUUUCGGUGAAACGACCUACAGGUCUCCCUGCAGACUACCCGGUGGCUUCUUCAAACAGCAACACAUAUCUAGUAGCUGGUCCCACCGAGCAACCAACCGCACAAAUAUAUCGCCCGGAGGCUGCAGCUGACUGGGUUCAUUCGGCCUCGGACCGUGGUGGUCGUUUUGAUAUGCAUCAUUCAAGUUCCACCGCACCCAGUGCAAGCACUAACAUUUCGAGCCAGUCAUGGCGACAGCCCCAGAGUUCUGAUUAUCCAUAUACUCCCGUGCAUCACGUUCCGGUACCUGCUGCAGGUUCAUCCACCUACUGGGCUCCAGCAAGUGCAACUUCGCAGCAGUAUAGUCAGCCUCCGCUUACAGUUCCUUCCUCCCAGUCGCACGCCUAUCAGUACAACUCGUCUUCUGUGGCCCCAUACCAUGGCGAACAGAGCCGGCCGGUGCCUACAGAGAUCGCCGGACUUGGCCUGGUAUCGCAGGAUUCAAGGCUUGAUGAACGAUGGACCUCCUUUAUGCGGGAUUCUGGUUAUUUCGAUGGUGUUGGGUACAGAACGCAGUGA